GUCAAGAAAAAGCAAGAGAAGAAAUCUGCCAUGGACUCCCUAAAUUCAACACACUCUGUGCCUUCUAUUGUGCGUCCUCCAUUCUUUUUCAUCAGGGGUGUUUCCAAUAUACCUCAUGUAAAAUAUUACUAUUUUUUCUUACUCUUUGUGUUUGUGGUCACUGUGUUAGGCAACUCCUUUGUCAUGUUUAUUAUAUGCACACAGCGCAGUUUUCACACACCAAAGCAUAUUGCUCUCUUUAAUUUAGCUGUAGCUGACUUGUGCGGAAGUACUGCUCUCAUUCCUAACUUAAUUAAAACAUUUCUUUUUAACUCUCAGUACAUUUCCUUUGACCGUUGCUUAGCCAAUAUGUUUUUUGUGUUUUUCUUCAGCUUUAUGGAGUCUCUCACUCUUACUGUUCUGGCCUAUGACAGAUUUGUUGCAAUCUGCUUCCCACUGAGAUACCACACCAUCAUCACUAACAGAAAAAUGGUUGUGAUAAUAAUAACUUUAUGGACAUACAAUUCAGUAUUUCUUAUUUCAGGAAUGGUUUUGAUUACCAGGCUGUCCUUCUGCAAAUCCAUUGAAGUAGAUAGCUAUUUCUGUGAUCAUGGACCCAUAUUUAAACUGGCCUGCAAUGACAAUUACCCAAACUUUGUUAUGGCAUAUGUGGGUAUAGCAUUAUUCCUUUUCAUACCAUUCAUUAUUAUUGUGUUAUCUUAUGUGUUUAUUACAUAUGCACUUUUUAAAAUUGCAUCAUGGGAAGAAAGAUUAAAAGCUUUGAAGACCUGUUCCUCCCACCUAAUGCUGGUGGCCAUAUAUUAUCUUCCAAUAAUAGGCACCUACAUUGCUGCAGACACUUUUACCCUUAAACCUAAUGCCAGGAUAAUAAACACAUCACUCGCUUAUGCCAUUCCACCAAUGCUAAAUCCAAUUAUUUAUGUGCUGAACACAGAGGAGAUCAAGGAAUGCACAAAAAAAAUGUUCAAAAGGACAAAGGUUGCCACUAAUGAGAGGAACAUUAAAAUAAAGAAAUGA